AUGGCGGAAGGAUAUUAUAGCAAGAUGGUUGUUUGUCGGGGGUUAUCGGACAGGAUAGAGGGCCUCAUAUGUUUUCCCCGCCCCCGAAUAGUUGCUGCGACGGGUCGCGGCGAACUCCCGUUACGCCUUGUGGGAACCUGCCUGGGUUGGGGCGUGAUGGGGGUGCAUGGAAGGGUUUGUUUGCGCCGCCACUGGACUCUGCGGGGGCUGACGCCUUACAUGGUCGGACUGUUGUCCGUUGGGGCUCCAGCCUUGCAAGAAUGGGUCCAGACGGACGGACCGCCGGUUCUAAACUCCUUUCUGAGCGCAACCAACGGGGUUCUGGUUGGGGGGAUUGUAGUCUGGGCGGGUUAG